UCUGUCCUCAGCGAGUGCAUUAAGAUCCAGCCCUCGGACAUCCAGCCGGACGUGUUCAGCUACCUGCUGCACAUCAUGUACACCGGCUCCUGCCCCGCGCAGCCGGUGGAUCAGAGCCGGCUGCAGGACGGCAUCAAGUUCCUGCACGCCUACCAGCUGUGCCGCAAAGCAGGCGAGUCCGAGGCAGACCUGCUCCGCAUGUCCAACCUGUACGGCAUCCAGAUCUCCUCUCAGCUGGCCAACAAGGAGGCGGGAGCCCCAAAGACCUCCUGCAGCGCCGAGGUCCCGUCGGAGCUCCAGGACGCCCCCCCGCGCACCGUCUGCUCCGUGGCCUCUGGAGACGACUCGGACAUCUCGGCUCGCAUCAAGCAGGAGCGGGUGGAGGAGGGGGGCGAGGGGGAGGGGGGAGUCCUGUUCAAACAGCUGGUCCUGAUGUGUCCGCGCUGUGGAGAUUGCUGCUCCUCCCCCGAGGACCUGAGGGAACACCUGUUCAGACACGGGGAGGAGGGGGGUGAGGAGGAGGGGGAGGCAGGGUGUCUGCAGGAGGCGCUGAGGCAGAGCCAGGCGCUGGCCAAUCAGCUUGCUUCAGAGCUCAGGAGGAGUCGGGGGGGCGGGGUCAGCCCGGCUCCUCCUGCCAGAAAGCGUAAAAUCUCCUGCGCCGUCUGCAGCCGUCGCUUCGGCCACCGGGCGGCGCUGCAGGAGCACAUGUACUCUCACACCGGCCGCCCGGAGCGCUGCAGACACAGAGGCCCCGCCCCCUGCUGCCCGCCGGGGGGGGGGGCCUCGUUGGGGGGGGCGGCGCCCUCUGAGGACACCAACAGAGACCAUCAGGAUAACGGCAGCUCCUGCUACUCUCUGGACUCGGAGGUCUCUCAGGAGAGCGUCGACGGACCUCCUGUGGAGUGACUGCAGGCCUACCUGUGCAGACAUCCAGAUCUUCCACUCUCACCUGAGGACAGUGAACGCCUCACGGUGAGACAGUGAACGCCUCACGGUGAGACAGUGAACGCCUCACGUGAGACUGGAAAGCUCACGGGAGACAGCGGACGCCUCACGGUGAGACAGCGGACGCCUCACGGUGAGACAGCAA